AUGUCCACACAUACCCUCCCCCAACCCCCGCGACGACCCACCAACCAGCUCGAAACCCUGGGGACAUCCCUCCUCUCACCCCUGGCCCUCCUCCUGCACCCCAUCGUCAUCUGGGGCUGCAUCAUGUGGUCCGUGACUUUCACCUGGACGAUACUAGUAGGUGCCGUGGCAUCGCAGAUCUUCACCGCGCCGCCCUGCAACAUGAGCACCGUCGCCGGAGGCAACCUGACGGGGGUGGCUCCAUUGAUCGGCUCCGCGCUGGGGACAAUGCUGGGGCGAUGGCUGUGCGACUGGUGCAAUCGGGCUCUGCCCCCCUCUCCUUCCUCAGCAAAUGCCACUAGCGACAAUUCCAACCUUCCCGAUGAAACCGUACCCACGCAUGCUGCCCCGGAAUCCCGUCUCCCCGUCCUCCUCCUCGCCAUAAUCGCAAUGGCCACCGACUCCUUCGGCCUCGGCGCCGCCAUCGCCCACGGCUACCCCGGGGUGCUCUGCGGAGUCUUCAUGGCCAUCUUUAAUUUCGCCGUCGGCAUGGGAUGCACGGGCACCGUGGCGUACACGAAUAAUGUCUGUGGGGACAGAGCUGGGGGAUGA